AUGUCCUCCGCUGAAUUCGAUUUCACUGACCAUUCUCACAGACGUUACAACCCAUUGACGGAUUCUUGGAUCUUAGUUUCUCCUCACAGAGCUAAGAGACCUUGGUUAGGUCAACAAGAAACUCCAUCUAAGCCAAAUGCUCCUGCUUACGACCCAAAAUGUUUCUUAUGUCCAGGUAACGAUAGAGCUACUGGUGGUUCUAAUCCAAAAUACGAAACCACUUACAUCUUCCAAAAUGAUUAUGCUGCUGUCAAGAUUGAUCAACCAGAUUUACCAUUACAACCAGAAUCCAGUGAAAAAUCUUUGAAAGAUAGAUUAUUGAAAGUGGAAGGUGUUAGAGGUAACUGUUUUGUCAUUUGUUUCUCUCCAAAACAUAACGUAACUAUCCCACAAAUGUCUGUUCCAGAAUUAACCGAUGUUGUUGGUGCUUGGCAAACUCUUUAUAGAGACUUAUCUAAAGAAGCUGCUGAAAACAAUAAGCCAUUCAAGUAUUUGCAAAUUUUUGAAAAUAAAGGUACUGCCAUGGGUUGUUCCAAUUUACAUCCACACGGACAAGCUUGGUGUUUAGAAGUCGUUCCAUCAGAAGUCUCUCAAGAAUUUAAAACUUUCCAUAAUUAUAAACAUAAGCAUAACACCGAUUUAUUAGGUGAUUACGUCAAAUUAGAAUUACAAGAAAAAUCAAGAAUUGUCUUGGAAAACGAUAGCUUUUUGGUUGUCGUUCCUUACUGGGCUGUCUGGCCUUUUGAAACAAUGAUUGUCUCCAAGGAAAAGACACCAAACGUCGACCACUUCACAGAUAAGCAAAAGGGUGACUUGGCUUCUAUCAUGAAAGAAUUAACAGUUAAAUACGAUAACAUGUUCGAAUGUAGUUUUCCAUACUCAAUGGGUCUACAUCAAGCUCCAUUGAACGCCUCUAAAGAAGAAUUAGACAACAGUUGGUUCCAUAUGCAUUUCUACCCACCUUUAUUAAGAUCUGCUACUGUCAGAAAAUUCUUGGUCGGUUUCGAAAUGUUGGGUGAGCCUCAAAGAGAUUUAACUGCUGAACAAGCUGCUGAAAGAUUAAGAAAGUUGGAUGGUAAGACUCAUUACUUAGAAAAAUUAUAA